CCGUAUUUGUACCGAGUCAACGGACUACUUUCGCUGGGUGUCAAGGGAUUGUGUUGGAAUUAAAACAACCGUGAAGGCAACUGGAGAUUAUCAGCAAUGGUGCAAUCCAGCCUCUGAAGUUUUCUGAGGAUGCAUACAACACGUAGCCCUUCAUCCAUCCCGACAAGUGUCUCAGGAGAUGCCUUGGACCUCAGCUUGUCAGGUGCCCAGCUUUCUAUGUCCAAAAGACCCAGCAGUGCAUCACCUGGGAAGUACUUCUCUCGGUCUGUGUCGGUGUCUGUGGCCAGUGACAGCAGAGGAAAACGCAACACCCUGAGCGAUGCCAGCUGUGGUAGCUCCCGCUCCAUCAAGAACCUUAGGAGGUCCAACAGCACCACUCAGGUUAAUCAGCAGGCCAACAUCAGUUUAAGUCAGGACCAGAGUGAGGACUACCUCACCCUGUUUGACAGCAGCUCAGAUGGACGCAAGAAACUGUCCAGCCUCAGCAAGGCCUCACCGGACAGAACCACAUGGAACAUCCUGGACGAUCAGCCCAGAGCCUUCCCCCUGCACUCGAGCUCCCGCAGCACUGGCAGUGUAGACUCUCCCACCAGCCUGAAGAAAAGAGAGCCUGGCAUCGCUCUGGCUGCCACUUUCACUGCCAACAACAGGAGCAACAAGGGAGCUGUUGGGAAUUCUGUCACCACCAUCUUACACAACAACUAUUCUGAGAAACCUCUCACACCUAAGAGCUCCAACCAGAAGCCUUCGUUUAACAACAUCCUGAAGGCCACAGCAAACGAUGAGGUGUCACUUGAGAAUGGCUCCCUGACAAAGUCCCAGAAGAACUUCUCUUCAGCUUCCUCCAGCUCAAACAACAGAUCUCCAGUUUCGGCCCAGCGCGGCAGCCCUGUCCUGCCUCGAAGGAGGGAGGUCACCGAGGAGGAGGCUGAGAGGUUUAUUCAGCAGGUGAACCAGGCAGCACUCACCAUCCAGCGCUGGUACAGACGCCAUGCCAAGAGACACCACGCUGACCAGGCAGCACUCAAACACAUCCUUGCCAGUAAAAGAAAGGAGUGGGAGGAGAGAACAGAGGAGGACAGUCGCCCGGAGCAACAGCAGAAAAAGGAUGAAGACAGAAAACGGAUCCGUGAAGAGAAAGCUCGUCUGGCCCGCCUCGCUGCCAUCCAGGAGCUGCAGCAGAAAAGAGCGCAGCGGGUUGCAGAGGUGCAGCAUGCAGCCGAGGUGGAGAUGGAAGGCCUGAGGCAGACUGGUGUGGUUGGACGCAAGAAGCCACCCAAGAUUUCUCCCACCAACAGAAGUCCGGCCUCACCAUGCAACAACAGCCCGAUGUCGCCCACGGACGUCAAAGCUAAGAACACAGAUUCCAAUCUGAACGUUGUGGCUGACUUAGGUGACCUGAGCUUCCGAGCCAUUUCCCCAGCUUUGUCCAAUAACAGAUGCUCUCAGUGUUCCCAGGAUCAGGAGGACAGAGUGGAGGUAGUCAUUUGCCUGGAGCAGCAGCAUCAGGAGGAUGACAGGAAAUUAAUUCGCAAAGAGAAAGCUCGUCUGGCUCGCCUCGCAGCCACACAGGAGCUACAGCAGAAAAGAGCUCAGCGGAGUUUAGACGUACAGCAUGUUGCUGGGGAGGACCAGGAAAACACGAGACAGACCGCUGGGGUUGGACGCAAGAAACCGCCCAAGAUUUCUCCAAUCAACAGAAGUGGAGCCUCACCGAGCAACAACAGCCCGAUGUCGCCCACAGAUGUGAAAGCUAAAAACACAGACUCCAAUUUGAAUAUUGUGGUGGAGUUAGGUGACCUCUCCAGCUUUAGAGCUGUUUCCCCGGCUUUGUCCAAUUGCAGAGGUUCCCAGUCUUCCCAGGAGAUCCUGCAGAGGUCGGUGAGUGUGGAGGACCAGCGGCAGGGAGCUUUGUCCAGCAGGGCUCAGUCCAAAACCACCCUCAAUGAGCUGCUGGACACCCUGAAGCUGUUAGAGGAGGAACCAGAGAGGCUGUCAGAGCCAAAGUGCUACCGCAAAGAGAAAUAUGCCUGGAUAGAUGAGGACGGAGACUCCAACUCUCUGACCACCGACAACCUGGAGCGUCACGGCCAGCUGAGUCACCACCCUGCACUGCCAGACGGGGGCGCCCUGCUCUCCGAGGCCAAGCUGCAGAGCAUCAUGAGCUUCCUGGAUGAGAUGGAGAAGUCUGAACAGGAGAGACCACGUUCUGUUACUUCAGGGUCACACAGAGAGGCUGUGUUGUCAGAGGAGGAGCUGGUUGGUGUCGAGCAGGCGUCCGCCACCGCCGCCGAAGUCACCGGCUCCAUGAUGAGAAUCAAGCUGGAGCUGGAAGAGAAGAAACGCACCGUCAACAUGUUGCAGACUGCGCUGGCCCAGCAGAGAGAGCUGACGGUGAGACAUGUGAAGGAGACCGAGAAGGAGCUGAAGAGGAACUUCCAGCUCCAGAAGGAACAAUAUGAGUCCACCAUCCAGAGACACCUCACAUUCAUUGAUCAGCUGAUCAACGAUAAAAAGGCUUUGAGUGAGCGCUGUGAAGGUGUGGUGGGAGAACUGAAGCAGGUUGACCAAAAGUACACCAAGAAGAUCACUCAAAUGCAGGAGCAGCAUGAAAUGGAAAUCAAGAAGUUAAAAGAGCUAAUGAGCGCCACCGAGAAGAUCCGCCGGGAGAAAUGGAUUGACGAGAAAACCAAGAAGAUUAAAGAGAUCACUGUCAAAGGUCUGGAGCCAGAGAUCCAGAAGCUGAUUUCUAAGCACAAACAGGAGCUGAAGAAGCUGCGGACGCUCCACGAGGCGGAGCUGCUGCAGGCGGACGACCGGGCGGCCCAGCGCUACGUCCGCCAGUGUGAGGAGCUCCGCCAGCAGCUGGAGAGGGAGAAGGAGGAGCAGUGUCAGAGAGAGAGGGAGCUAGCCAAACAGAGAUAUGAGAAGCAGCUUCAGGAGGAGGAGCUGUCCCUGCAGCAGCAGAGGAGGCGUCUCUACAAGGAGGUGGCUGAAGAAAAGGAGAGGCUGGCUCAGCUGGCUGCAAGGCAACGCGCUGAGUUGGAGGACCUGCGGAGGCAGCUGGAGGAGAACAGCUCUCUGGCUGGACGAGCCCUCAGAGACGAGCUGGACAAGACCAGAGAGGAGCAGGAGAGGAGACACCAGGUGGAGAUGAAGGCAUUAAAAGAACGUCUGGAUAUCGAGAAGCAGACCUGGGAAGAAAACUACAAGAAAAAAGAGGAAGUGUGGCUGCUGAGCCGCGAGCGCGAGCUCAAAGAAGAUCUGCGACGAGAACGCGACAAAGAGAUCGAGCUCGCCAUCUGGACGCUGGAGGAGGAGACCAGCAAGGACAAAGAGGAGUGUGAGAGGGGAGCUGAAAACAGGGUGAAGCGUGUGAGGGAGAAGUACGAGGCUGAGCUGAGGGAGCUGGAGCUCUCUGAGAGGGCGGCUGUGGAGAAACAACAAGAGUUGAGGAGGCAGCAGAUGGAGACGGAGGGAGAGCUGAUGAGACUCCAGGCUGUGCUCAGACAGAAGGAACAGGAGACUGAAGACAUCACACAGACCAGGGACAAGCUGGUGGAUGAGCGCCGCAGCCUGGCGGAGGUGAUACGGCAGGAGUUUGCCGACCGGCUGGUGACGACGGAGGAGGAGAACCGCAGGUUGAAAGUGGAGGUGUCAGAAGUUCGAGCGAGGCUACGGCUGGAGGUGGAGAGGGUCACCAGGGAGAAGGAAGAGGAGCUGGCUGAAGUUCACCAACGAGUGAAAUCGGCCAUCUUGAAGAAGGAAGAAACUGUCAGCUGUCUCCGGAAGCAGCAUGAGGCUGCCCUGAAGAGGGCGGAUCACCUCGAGGCCCUGUGGGAACAGCAGAGGAAGCAGCUGCUGGAGAAGUGACGGACAGGAAGGCCUAGUUCUGUCCUCCGUCCUCCUCCUCUCCCUCUGCUCUGAGCUCCAGGCAUUGUGUCGCUCAAGCCCCCACAUGAAUCCCCCCCCCCCACCUUUGGAUGUUGUUCCAGCCAGCGAGACUGAACCUGUGGAACUUCAGAGGGUCCAACAAGUGACUGAACCUUGUCCUACCUCAUUUGAAAAAUAGAAAAUGGGGAAAUGCGCUUGGCCUCACUGUAUUGCCCCCUCCCACCCCCCAGGCAUGAAGGAGCGUGUUGUGUUGCAACUUCCCUAAUUUAAAUGCCACAGACCAGGUGGCACCAGAUGAAAAGACCACGGAUGGACUUCCCAUUCUUCUUCUUCUUCUUCCCUUUCCAGAGGAGCAUUACUGCAGUUUCUGUGACCCCCCCCCCCCCUACAGUCAGUGGGAGCUGGAACGCCUCCAUGUUCCCCACAGAGAUGCCACAGAGAACAGUUCCAGAUGUUUCUGAAACCAGCCCAGGCCUGCACUGGUGUGAAGUGGGAGAAAAUGGGUGGGGGGGGUUGCUCUUUCUAGAGGACCACGGACUCACGGAUCAGUCAGCAUCAGAGCUACAGUUUGAGCUUCAAGUCAAGCUCCCGGUGCCCCCUUUUUUCUGUCGAGUCGCGUGUUCAGUCCCGGUGCCCCCUCGAGGUCGAGCGCUAAUUACAGGAUCUAUAAACUCUCCCUCGCUGCAGCCCUGUGACCCGCUCUGAGCGCGUCUGGAUCCAGCACAGAAGUUAGAAGUAAUCUGCUAGCAGUGGCUCCAGACUGAGGUUAGAGCGCUUGUAGAAUGUUGCUAGAAGGAGGGAUGGGACGUGUAGGCAGCUGGAAGGAAAACGAGUGAAGAAAAGUGGCGUGUCUGACGGCGUGCUCGAGGCCAAAGACAGACGAUUGUAGAGCGGCUUUGAACGUUUCUGAAUGUGAGGAAGAAAGAAGAGGAUGUGGGGCGGAGGGGAGAAGGAAUGCGCAUAGAAAAUGUUUAUAGGAUUAGGAAAGCAGAGCCGGGACAGAGCGGGCUGGUAGGAGGGUUUGAGAGGGUAUGAGGCAUGUGACCAGAGGUAUGUUAAAAGCCAUAUAGGUUUUGUUUGGCCUGAUUCAGAGGCUGCACUCCGACAGAACACAUCAAACUCGACAGUUAAAGGGGGUCUGGAGUCGCACACAUAUGUAAACUGUCUGCUUUGGACCCUCCUGCUCUGCUCAGGAGCCACCGCCUCUCAUCACUUGCAAAUUUGUGUUUCACUGUUUUGUUUUUUUCUCUCAAAUGUUCCUUUUCUGAUGUCUUAACCAUAAACCCAGAACACAGACACAGAAGGUCUUUGUGGAUAAGAUUUCAGUGAGAAGGGUCCAUAGCAUGAGUUAGCGAGGGGCGGGGGGGGGGGCUGUAACAAGAGUUUGUGCUGCGGAGAGAAACUCUAAACCUGGAAGUCAAGCCUGUUAUUAAGGCGCAGCGUGAAGUGAAAGAGCGCUCUGAUGUGAUUGUGAAGACGCCACGGGCUCCAGAUUCGACCUCGUAUCAGAAGAUAUUUAUUCUCUCUCUCUAUUUAUUUUCCAGAGUCGCGCUCUUUCGUGACCUUUGUCGUGUUUCUGUUCCACAGAAAGGUCGAGGAUUUGAAGUCGUGUUUCUGAAAGCUCGUCAGCACAUCAACAAGUGUUUUUAAUUCCUUCAGCAACAACACUGAACAGUUCGUUGGCAGAGCCGAACAUUUAUAACUAUGCCAUUUUGAGAUGGUUUAAAUACAGUAUGUCAGGUUUUUCUGACGUGGAAGUCGUCCGAGCCACAAUGUUGAGGGUUCAUAUGAAGGGUAGUGUCGUGGAAGGGUUGGGGUUAAUGUAGUCCAGCUUUAUGGGUAAUGCAGUUUCUGACCUCAGGCAAAUUAAAUCAGUGAUUUUUAACCAAUAAAGCAAACAUUUAGACCAAUUCCAAACCUCCUCAUACAACAAAAAUCAGAUCAAAUCCCAGACUGCAGUCUUUUAGGGAACCAGUUGACGUGUCAAACAUCACUGUGGGUUUCACAGUCAAGCCGAGAUUCGCCGUGAGUCACAAGGACUUUGGCGUGGAGGCCCGGAGGCCUCGGUGCGCCGCAGUUUGCUCGCAGCCCCUCGCUGCUCUGCUGGUGUUGGCACAGCACACGGGGCUGUUGGCCUCCGACACGGGAGGGUGGCGAUGUGAGUUGGCAUUCCUCGCGCAUGCCCGUCCUACAAGUGCCAAUGAGCCUUGCCUUUGUGUCCAUGUGUGUGUUUGUGUGCCACCAUUCCUCCCGUUUUGACCUGAGAUGACCCUCGUGGUGUCAGAUACACACUCACACAUACACACACACACACACACACACACACACAAGGCCCUUUUUUUUCCAUUUGUUACUGUGUGUACAAACCAUUCCAGCUGUCGUCGGUUAUUGUUCUGAUUUCCAUUUCCAUGUGUAGCCCUCUGUGCCCGAACACGUAGCUCUUACACACACUGUGUUCUUCUUGUUUUAGCCUAGUUUUUAUUGUCAUUCACGCUGACGGUUCUGAAACUGUGAGGACGAUUGUGACUGAUCUCUCAGCAAAAAGAGAAUAAAAAGCAAAGACUGUU